CGUCGUGGUUACAGGAAUGUGGUAGAAUACUGCAUCCCAGGCUUAGUUUACCAGGGUUUUCGCCGGGUAGGUGCCUUGAACUGCUUUUUCUGCGAGAGGGAUAAUGUCCCCGACAAGGGCAUGGCUGAGCUCAAUUGCUUUCGCGUCUCGAAUGGGACUACACCAGGGGAUGCAAAUUAGAGAACCUCAGCCAUCAAUAUUCGCGAUGUGUGGGCGGGUACCCAGGAGGAAGCCAUACUGUCCGAUGUCACACUCGAGAUCCAACCGGCCAGCGCGGUCAUCAUACAAGGAAGUACUGGGCUCGGCGAAGUCUUCGUUGUUAAAAGCCAUCCUUGGCGAGCUCUGCUUGGUGUCGGGGAGCACCCAUAUCCGUUUCCAUCUACGCAUGGGCUAUUGUGCCCCGAAGCAUUAGCUUCUCAACGAGUUCAUCCACAAUAAUAUCCUCGGUGGUCAGGCAAUGGAACCAGAGUAGUAUGGUCAGGUGCUGGAGACCGCACUUCUGCUUCCCGAUCUCGAUGCCCUGUCGGCG